GGCAGCGGCUCCUCACCGGCUCCUCCUCCGCCUUCUCACGGCUUCUCGGGAGAGCUGUUUGACUGUCCAGAAUAUGAAAUUUGGCAUCUUCCUUUUGUGGUGGGGAUGGAUUCUGGCUGCUGAGAGCACAGUGCACUGGUCAGGAAGAGAAGUUCAUGAGGCGUCUAGGAAAGGCAGCAGACCUCAGAGACAGAGACGAGGAGCCCUCGACGAUGCCCACAAGCAAGGCAGCCCGAUUCUGAAACGAAGCUCCGACAUAACCAAGUCACCUCUCACCAAGUCAGAGCAACUGCUGAGGAUAGAUGACCAUGACUUCAGUAUGAGGCCUGGCUUUGGAGGCCCGGCCAUCCCCGUGGGUGUAGAUGUGCAGGUGGAAAGCUUGGACAGCAUCUCGGAGGUCGACAUGGACUUCACCAUGACCCUCUAUCUGAGGCACUAUUGGAAGGACGAGAGGCUGUCUUUUCCAAGCACGAACAAUCUGAGCAUGACAUUUGACGGCCGGCUCGUAAAGAAGAUCUGGGUCCCUGACAUGUUCUUCGUGCACUCCAAACGCUCCUUCAUCCAUGACACCACCACAGACAACGUCAUGCUGCGGGUCCAGCCCGAUGGGAAAGUGCUGUACAGCCUCAGAGUUACAGUGACGGCGAUGUGCAACAUGGACUUCAGCAGGUUUCCACUGGACACACAGACCUGCUCCCUGGAAAUCGAGAGCUACGCCUACACAGAAGAUGACCUCAUGCUAUACUGGAAAAAGGGCAACGACUCCUUAAAGACAGACGAGCGGAUCUCCCUCUCCCAGUUCCUCAUCCAAGAAUUCCACACCACCACAAAGCUGGCCUUCUACAGCAGUACAGGCUGGUACAACCGUCUGUACAUUAACUUCACUUUACGCCGCCACAUCUUCUUCUUCCUGCUCCAAACCUAUUUCCCUGCCACCCUCAUGGUCAUGCUGUCCUGGGUGUCCUUCUGGAUCGACCGCAGAGCUGUGCCUGCCAGAGUUCCCUUAGGCAUCACCACGGUGCUGACCAUGUCCACCAUCAUCACGGGCGUGAAUGCCUCCAUGCCCCGAGUGUCCUACAUCAAAGCCGUGGACAUCUACCUCUGGGUCAGCUUUGUGUUCGUGUUCCUCUCAGUGCUGGAGUACGCGGCUGUCAAUUACCUGACCACAGUGCAGGAGCGGAAGGAACGGAAGCUACGGGAGAAGGUCUCCUGCAGCUGCGGACUGGCCCAGCCCCGGGCAGUGAUGCUGGAUGGUAGCUACAGUGACGGGGAGGUGAAUGACCUGAGCGGCUACAUGCCUGAGAAUGGCGAGAAACCCGACAGGAUGAUGGUGCAGCUGACCCUGGCCCCUGAGAGGGGCUCUCCCCAGAGGAAAAGCCAGAGAGGCAGCUAUGUGAGCAUGAAGAUCAACACCCAUGCCAUCGAUAAAUACUCCAGGAUCGUCUUCCCAGCCGCCUACAUUUUAUUCAAUUUGAUAUACUGGUCAAUUUUCUCUUAGAUGUCUGUAAUUCUGUAAACCUCGCCUUCUUCAUGGUUUGUAUGCACUACAGAAAUUGCUGUGAAUGACAAAGUAUGAAAACCACCCCAGUGCCCCCCUGGGCUUUCACUGUCCCUUCUUCAGCCAUGCAAAGCUGCACUGACAAGACAGCGUUUUUCUAUGUAUUAAGCAUCAGUUGUAUACACAGUAUUAUGCGAGGCGUUGUAGGAAUUUGUCAUGAUAGCAACUGGUAUUAGCUGUUCCCAGAUCCCAGGAAGAGCACAGAGGACACAUGGUCAAGCUGCAUUUCAGUGCUGGGCCCUGGGUUCUCUCCUCACGGAGGUCUUCCUUCGUGGGCAGCACUGUGUUCUUUAGACUAUGUGGAACUGGAGAGCACCUGAGUAAAACUCAUUUGCACGGAGCCCACGUGCACAUAAGCCCCUUCUGGUGACAAGCUGUGCUUUGGUCUGUCCCUGCCCGUUUGGCGCCCCCCACAGUUAAUGUAUGGUAGUGGUGUUCAUGCUUCAGACUGUCCCUCCGUCCACUCGCAUAGUUAACGUAUGGUAGUGAUGUUCACAGGCUCUCUUUAACAAGCUAUAGAUAAUCUCCCCUUAGAAGAAAUGCUCUUUAGAUGGUUGACUUUUUUCUGGCAGAGAAACUCUGAAGAUGGAGAUUCGUGUAUGCAUUCUGUCUGUCCUGCGGAGCUGAGUGUGCUAGAGAACCGUGUUCCUUGCUCUGUUUUCUAGUCACUGUUUGUGCCUCUCUACCACGGAGCAUGUGCUCUUUCAAAAUGAACUGUUUUCUCAGUAGCAUGGUAUUAUCACGGAGGAGCUCGAAGAGGUAUUAAUUUCUUCUGAGUAAUCAGCAUUUCAAGGAAACUUGAGGUGAUACAGCUCAUGAGAAUGAGAAGCACACAAUUUCUUAAGAGAAAAUAACAUCAAAAAGCAAAAGAAACAGAUAGACGUCUGGCUUUCCACUCUGAGAGCCAACAGUGUCUAGGAACUAGUGCAGUUAUCAUCUAGAUUGAGCGUUCAAUAGACCAGAUGAUGAUGUCAGUCAUCACUUGUAAUUUGAUGUGUUAUUUUAAAAUAAUGUUUAAAAAAUAAGGCUUCAUGUUAUUUAUCUAGAAGAUAUAGAAUAAGUCCAACUAAACUUGCCCAAAAGUCAUUAACAGUAUGGCGUUUUCUCUGGGCUACAUCUUUCACUCACAGAGACAGAGACGUCUAUUUAGCAUCUGUUCACAUCCCAGCAGCCUCUAAAACAAGUUAAGACAUUGCCCUUUAAUUGUGGUUGUGUUUGUCAGGCAGUGGUGGUGCACGCCUUUAAUCCCAGCACUCGGGAG